AUGCCGGGAGCAGACUCGGUGCCCGCCGCCUGCACAGCCACCUCACCUCUGCUUCGAGCACGCGUUGUUGCACUUCGCGGCUGGGAGGCGGUCUUGUUGCCCGCUCUCGCGUCUCGCCGCCAAGCAGCGACCCGGUGCUCCGUCCCCACGCAUCACGGUGGAGGGGAUGGGCAUCUCAGAAUAUUCCAUUGGCCAAGCAUGAAUGUGCUUUUGGAUGAACCCAAAGCUCAUAAAUCCUUCCGAGACAUGGAUAUCAGCUUAGACUCAGAGUUCUUAGUUUCAACAUCCACUGAUGGAUCUGCAAGAAUAUGGAAGAUAGAUGAGGGCGCACCACUGGUCAAUUUGACUCGAUCCUCGGAUGAGAAGAUUGAGUGUUGCCGCUUUUCUAGGGAUGGCAUGAAACCAUUCCUAUUUUGCACUGUUGCAAAAGGUUCCAAAGUUGUUACUGUUGUCUGGAGCGUGUUUAUUGGAAGAGAAUUGGGUACAAAAGACUUCUGGGAAAGCCUAUCUCCACAUUUUCAAGGAAGCAAUGAUGGUGACUUCUGUGCUGUUGAUGUAAAGAAAAUGGAAGUUUCUCACUGGAGCAAGAAAGUUCAUCUUGGUUCCUCAGUCACCUCCAUCGAGUUUUGUCCUACUGAAAGAGGUUAA